AUGCCAGACAACGACUUACAGCGCUACGACAGGGUGCAGCCGAAUUCGAGUCAUGUCGCCAAUCAAGGUAUUUCCAACCACAACUUAGUUUCGCAUCUCAGCGUUUCGUACCUGUUCGUCUCGGAGGUUGAGCCCGACUUCGGCAUCAGGACGAUGCGUGUGGAAACGAUCCUGAUCGGCGUGACGCUGGGGCUGAUCGUCUUCUGCACCAUCAUCGGCAACGUGUUCGUCUUCUUGGCCGUCAUCUCCAACAAGAAGCUGCGCACUGUGUCCAACUACUUCAUCGUCUCGCUCAGCCUCGCUGACCUCCUCGUGGGCACCGUGGUGAUGAUACCGGCCGCGCUGAAUGAGACUAUCGUGGAGUGGGUGCUUGGGGUCGAGUUCUGCUCCAUUUGGGCCUCGUUUGACGUCAUGCUGUGCAGCGCCUCCAUCCUGAACGUCUGUCUCAUCAGCCUAGACCGGUACAUGUCCAUCAUGACGCCGCUGCGUUACAACGCCGCUAUGACGCACCGGCGAGCGCUGGCGCUGCUCGCCGGAACCUGGUUCGUCGCCAUCUUGACUUCGUUCGUCCCGAUUCAGAACGGCUGGCACAACAUCGAGAUGCCGUCGUUGGAAAACCUGACGUUUUUCAGCAGACGUCCGCAGUGCAUCUUCGUCGUCAGUUUCCCGUACGCGGUGACGGCGUCCACCGUGACGAUUCUCUUACCGAUAAUAAUAGCAUUCGUCCUUUACUACAGAGUGUCGAAAGUGGCCAAAAGACAAGCCUGUUUCGUUGGAACACUUCUAGCCCCAAGCCACGUGUUGCUAGGGAAACCCAUGUCCUCGAAAAGCAUCAGGGAGCCGUUCACGCGCAAGGCCACUGUGACUCUGGGGAUUAUCGUAGGGGCCUACGUGGUGACAUGGGCCCCGUUUUUGGUGGUCAACACGGUGGAAUCCUACUGCCGGUGCCUGCCCCCUAGGGUCUUCAUAAGUUUCGUUUGGCUGGGAUACUGUAACAGCCUGAUAAACCCCAUCAUCUACCCUCUUUUCAUGAGGGAUUUCAGAAAGGUGUACGGUAAAAUACUUAAGGGAUUCUGUCCUCGGUUUAAAUUCCUAAAGAAAGCUUCCAAAGCGUCCAAGGUCAUUGUGAACGGUAAUGAAUCGGCCCCUGCCAAACUGGAAUUACAGAAGAUACAGGAAAGUAUAGUAGGACAGUGACUAGUCUCCAAUCGUGGUGAUAGUGGGAACAAAGUGGAAGGUAUAGUAGGACAGUGACUAGUCUCGAAUCGUGGAAAGUAUAGUAGGACAGUGACUAGUCUCCAAUCGUGGUGAUAGUGGGAACAAAGUGGAAGGUAUAGUAGGACAGUGACUAGUCUCGAAUCGUGGAAAGUAUAGUAGGACAGUGACUAGUCUCCAAUCGUGGUGAUAGUGGGAACAAAGUGGAAGGUAUAGUAGGACAGU